AUGGCAGACGUUAGAGAAAUGAGAAUCUUCUCCGCUGAGUAGAUAGUUGUGCAGUAGGAGCUUCCAAACAUCCUUAAGAACUAUUCCAAAGAGGUGAUCAGAAACAACCCAGAGGACAUCAUCAAAUUCUCCAGGGAGUACUUUGAGCAGUUGCUGAAGGAAGAUGGCUUCUUCGAUGACCACCUGGACAAGUUGCAAGUUACAGGCAAAAGCUUGCUCUUCAGAAAAGGUGAGAAGAUCACUAAUGUUUAUGAGAUCGGAGAUAUGUACAGCGACUCCUACUAUAGGAAGGCCAGAGUAGGUAUUCACAAGAAAACAGGCAUCGAGAGAGCCAUUCUUCAAAAGUCAAAGUCUGACUACCCCAGCACUGAAGCAUUUUUGAAGAAGAUGGAAGUGCUAGGCUCAUAUGAUCACCCUAACAUUGUCAGAUAUCUAGAGGUCUACGAAGACGAGCACUACUACUUCUUGGUUUGUGAAUGCCUUAAGGGUAAUGACAUUAUUGAUCAAGUUUGGAGACAGGGCAGACAUACUGAGGAGUAUGGUGCAACUAUUUUAAAGCAAAUUCUAAAUGGAGUAUUAUAUAUUCAUAGCAAGGGUGUAGCUCAUAAUCUACUUGCUCCAAUUAACAUCCUUCAUGUUAAUCCAGGCUCCCCAGAAAUCAAGAUUAUUGACAUGGAUGAGGCUGGUAAUCAGCCUAUCAAGGAUCUCGACAAGUUCCUCAGAUAUGGUGAAUACAGAGGCUGCUACAUUGCUCCUGAGACAAUAAAAGGACAAUGGAAUAUUAAGUGUGAUGAGUUUGCAGUUGGAAUUAUUAUGUACUAUUUGCUCGUUGGAGAUGUUCCCUUCUAUGGCUGGGAUUACAAGGAGACUUUGAAGCUCAUCACAGAAUACAAAUUCGAUUAAACUUCAUACAAUUUCACUUCACUUUCAAUUGAGGCCAGGGAUCUCAUGCUUAGAUUAAUGGCUUACAAACCAGAAGAUAGAAUCUCAGCUUAAGAUGCUCUUAAGCAUCCUUGGUUCAACAAGGCCUAAAAGGGAGAACUCAGGUCUAAGGAUCUAGGAGAUGCUCUGAAUUCCAUUAAGAAAUUCCACGCUGGUGGCAAAUUGAAGCAAGCAGUCCAAGGCUACUUCACUUAAAACUUACUGUCACAACAGGAACUCAACGAUCUAGCUGCUCUUUUCCAACAAUUCGAUAAGAAUAGUAACGGAGUACUUUCAAGGGAUGAGCUGAUCGACGCCUAUAGAACAACAAGAGGUGUAAACUUCAGCGAGAAGGAGAUAGAUGAAAUGAUCAGAAGAGUAGAUGCUGACGGCUCAGGAGACAUUAACUACUCAGAGUUCAUUAACGUAGCAGUUUCCAAUGAAAAACUUCUUAGUGAUGAGAAACUUGAAAAGGCCUUCAGAGUCUUCGACAGAGACGGCAAUAACGAGGUCACCAUUUAGGAGAUUAAGGAGUUGCUUGAUGCUUGCAGAAUGAUUGAUGAGAAAAUGGUGCAAAGGGCUAUCAAGGAUAUAGAUAGAAUCGGCAAGGGCAAGCUAACAUUUGUUGAGUUCAAAAGAUUCAUACAAUCACUCUUCCAGGGUUAAUGA